AUGGGCCUGGCCUGGGCCCUGCGCCGCCUUAGCGGCGCCCUGGAGCCAGGGGAGGGCCGCGCCGGCGAUGAGGAGGAGGCCGGGCCGGGGCUGUGCCGCAACGGGUGGGCGCCGUCGCCGGCCGGGCGGCGCCGCGGGCGCUUCGUCAAGAAGGACGGGCACUGCAACGUGCGCUUCGUGAACCUGGGCGGCCAGGGCGCGCGCUACCUGAGCGACCUGUUCACCACGUGCGUGGACGUGCGCUGGCGCUGGAUGUGCCUGCUCUUCUCCUGCUCCUUCCUCGCCUCCUGGCUGCUCUUCGGCCUGGCCUUCUGGCUCAUCGCCUCGCUGCACGGCGACCUGGCCGCCCCGCCGCCGCCCGCGCCCUGCUUCUCACAGGUGGCCAGCUUCCUGGCCGCCUUCCUCUUCGCGCUGGAGACGCAGACGUCCAUCGGCUACGGCGUGCGCAGCGUCACCGAGGAGUGCCCGGCCGCCGUGGCCGCCGUGGUGCUGCAGUGCAUCGCCGGCUGCGUGCUCGACGCCUUCGUCGUGGGCGCCGUCAUGGCCAAGAUGGCCAAGCCCAAGAAGCGCAACGAGACGCUCGUGUUCAGCGAGAACGCCGUCGUGGCGCUGCGCGACCGCCGCCUCUGCCUCAUGUGGCGCGUCGGGAACCUCCGCCGCAGCCACCUGGUCGAGGCCCACGUGCGGGCCCAGCUGCUGCAGCCUCGUGUGACCCCGGAGGGUGAGUACAUACCACUGGAUCAUCAGGAUGUGGACGUGGGCUUUGAUGGUGGCACCGAUCGAAUCUUCCUUGUGUCUCCCAUCACCAUCGUGCACGAGAUCGACUCUGCCAGUCCUCUGUAUGAACUAGGACGUGCCGAGCUGGCCCGGGCUGACUUUGAGCUGGUGGUCAUUCUCGAAGGCAUGGUGGAGGCCACGGCCAUGACCACACAGUGUCGCUCCUCCUACCUCCCUGGUGAGCUGCUCUGGGGCCAUCGUUUUGAGCCAGUCCUCUUCCAGCGUGGCUCCCAGUACGAGGUUGACUAUCGCCACUUCCACCGCACUUACGAGGUCCCAGGGACACCAGUCUGCAGCGCCAAGGAGUUGGAUGAACAGGCAGAGCGGGCUUCCCACAGCCCCAAAUCUAGUUUCCCCGGCUCUCUGGCUGCAUUUUGUUAUGAGAAUGAACUUGCACUGAGCUGCUGCCAGGAGGAAGAGGAGGAAGAGGAGGCCAAGGAGGGGGAUGGGGUGGAGGCAGAAGAUGGGACUGCCAGCCCCCAAGUACUCACACCAACCCUGGCACUGACCCUGCCCCCGUGAUGCCCAGCUGGUGUCUCCCUAUUUGUACCCCUUUCCCAGAGAUAGCAAGAUGGAGAGUUAGGGCCCUCUCCUGGGAUGGGGGCAGGUGUUUCCCAAGCCCGACAGACCUGCUGGGUAAAUUAUUAGCUGGUGAGGUUCUGCCAUGCCUAGUGGACCCACCACAGACAUACUGGGUCUUAAUUCCUCUGCGGCCCAUGCUCCCUCCUAAGACCCCUUUAUCAGCCUGAUUCCUGAGUCUCCCCAGAGCUGAGGGAUCCAGAAUUCUG